UCUGAAAAAUCAUGCAAAGAAGCUAUUGCUAAAUAUGAAUUAUAUGUGAGUGAACACAGCAAUUUUAAUAAGGAUUAUCAAGAGUUCAAGAAUAUUUUACUGAAUAAUCAAGCAGAGCUGAAUCAACUAAAUGAGAUUGUAGGAAGCAUGGCAAUUUUGCAAGACCGACAAAACAAAAUUCGACAACUUUCUGAGGGAAGAUUAAAUGAUAUAACAACAUUUGAUUUGCUCAUGGAACGUGGAGAAAAACUAUACGCACAUACCAGUCCUGAUGGUCGUGAAAUAAUUCGACAGCAAUUAAGAUCAUUGCGAUUAUUGUGGGAUACCUUCACAGAUGACUUAAAUAACGGUAGCCAAAAAUUAGAUAAUUGUUUGUUACAACUUAGUGAUUAUUACUGCUUCGCAAGAGCAAUUAGCGAAAUGGUGGCAGAGGCAGAGAAAGCUAUGCAGCAGCAUACUGAACUUAAAGCUUCACUUCCUGAGAAAAAAGCACAAUUACAGAAUCAUACAAUAAUGCAUCAAGAAAUUCUAGCUCAUCAACAAUUGGUGGAAUCUGUAUGUGAUAAAGCACAACAUCUCGUAAAUCAAACAAAGGAUACUUCGCUUAAUAUUUAUAUUAAUUCAAUUAAACAAUGUUUCCAAAAUAUUCUUGAGAGAUCAGAAAGUUUAUACCGGUUGGGAGAUGUGUUUUCUGAACAUGAUAAAUUACUAAUCGAGUUUAAAAAAUUCAAAGAUUGGUUGGCACAUGAAACUGAAAAAUUAAAUGAAUGCGACAUAAAAGGAGAAAAAUCGGAGCUUUCUAAACGGUGGCAUGUGAAAAAUUUAGAUGAAAAUAAAGCAAAUGGAUUUGAGUUAUUACAAAAAUUGCAAAAAGAAUACUUGCUUGUAAAUAAAUGGACAUCGCCUAAAGGAAAUGAAUAAUUGAAAAGGAGAUUGAGGACUUAGAAAGUCAAUUACAACACACACAUGCAAAGAAAUAAAGAAAAUUCAAGAAAAAUACUUGAUGCAGAAAAACGAUGGUACGACUUUGAUAGCGGUCUUGAAGAAUUUACUAAAUGGUGCAGGGAGAUUGAAGUUGUGCUGCGUGAUCAGCCAUUACAGGCAACUCUUCAGGAAAAGGAAAAGCAACUUGAUUAUUUCAAAAAAUCAACGCGAUGUAGUACUGGGAAAAGAAAAAGUAAUUGAUAAUUUGUCGAUAAAUCAAAUUCAUUUAACUCAAGCGGUACUGAAAGAAUUAAACCACUAAUUUCGCAAAUUAGUAACAGAUAUCAAUUACUUCAUGUGAUGAGUAAAGAGGUGAUAAAUAGAUGGAAUAAUCUUGUUGAUAGUCAUAAAAAGUAUGUAGACAAAUUGGACGAAGCUAAAAAAUGGUUGGAGCCACUCGAAAAACAUUUGGUUGAUUUAAAUAAUGAUUUAUCUAAAGCUGAUGUGCAGAACAACAAAUUACAGCUAUUACUUGCCGAAAAAGAACAGGCAGAACCUAUGCUUGCUGCUGGUUACACUUGCUGGUGAACGAUAUAUCCUGAUACUUCUUCGCAGGGACGCGAAAUUAUACGAUCUGAAUUGAGGAAUUUGCGCGAUCGCUGGGAUAAGCUGAACGAAGGCAUUAAGGAACAUCAAAAACUACAGGAAGCCCAUACAGUGCAAUGGUCCAGCUACAAUGAUUUAAUGCAACAAGUAUUGGCCUGGUUAGACUCUAUGGAGAAAAUUGUUCAAGGCGAAACUGGAACGGGAUCUUCCUCUAGCCAAGAACUGAAAGCUAAACUUUCAAAGUAUAAAGCAAAUUUGCAAGAAAUUUUAACUCACAAACGGCUUAUCGAAACUGUCACGGACAAAGCGGGCAACGUGGUGAGCUCUUUACAAGCAAAUGAUCCUGCUAAAAGCGAAAUCAAUAAUGCUGUUAAAAAUAUCAAUAGCCGUUACGAAAACUUAAAUAAAACUUGCCAAGACACUAUUACUCAGUUGGAGAAUCUUCUUGAUAUGUACCAAAACUUUACUGAUCAACAGAAGGCAUUCCAAGAUUAUCAGAAAUAUUUGUGGGAUCAAUUGUCUAGCUAUUCUGAUUAUUCAGGGAAUAAAGCUGCACUGCAAGUGCGAUUGCGCAAAAUCACAGAUUUACAAGAUGGAUUAUCGGAGGGACACGAAAAAUUGUCACUUCUCAAUAAUCAUAUUGAAAAAUGUGCCAGUAGUUUACCAAACAGGGUAAAGGAAGGGAUGGAGAGAGAUUUAUCAAAUCUGAAUUUUGAUUUUGAUAAAUUUAUUAAUUCGCUUAAUGACAUUAAACAUGAAUUAGAAACAAGAUUGCAACAAUGGGUAGCAUAUGAAGCAUCAUUCGAAAAGUUAAUUCAAUGGUUAACAGAUUCCGAAAAUAGUCUGAAGAAUUACACUCCUAAAUCCAGCCUGGAGGAAAAACAAGAACAACUCGAAAAAUACAAGUCACUCACAACAAAUAUUCGUCAAAAUGAAGCAGAAUUUGAUAAGAUUAGUGACGAUUCUACUGAGCUUAUUCAAAGCAGUGGCGAAUCAAGAAUUUCGAUAAAUAUACAACAGGUAGCUUCUCGGUUUCAAUCAAUUCAAACGACUGCUCGGGAAGUUGUCAAGAAGUGUGAACAAGCGGUCGCCGAUCAUGCAGACUACAAUGAAAAAUAUAAACAGUGUUCUGAAUGGCUUGCUACAUCUAGAGCGAAAUAUGAUGAAUGCUGCAAGGAAUUAACAUCCGAAAGUCAGAAUGAUUUGUUAGAAUUGCAUCAGUCUCUAAAAGACUUACUUUCUCAACAAGGCAGCGCAACGCAAUUACUUAACACAACAAUUGAAAUGGGCGAGAAAACAUAUCCGAGUACCACUUUGGAAGGUAGAGAAGUUAUUCGACUUCAAUUAGAAGAACUCCAAUUAGCUAUGGAAUCACUUUAUGAUGGAGUCUCAAGCAAGGAGCGGGAAUUACAAGCCAAGUUAUCGCGAUGGUCAGGAAUUGAAGAAUCCAUGAACACAAUUAAAAAUUGGCUCGCUUCGACUUCAAACUCACUUUCACCAGACAUAGUAUUGAAAACCACAUUAGACGAAAAACGUGCGCAACUGCAAGUAUACAGAAAUAUUUUACAAGAUGUUACUGCUCAUAAACAAGACUUAAUUGAUUUGCGUGAUAAAGUUCAAGAUCUCCCAGAGCAAGAUAAAGCCAUUGUUCAACAGCUUAAGGAAGUGACAAACCAGCAUAAUAGUUUAUUGAAUAGUGCACAAAACUUUGUUGAAAAAUAUGAAGAUAUUGUAAGCAAUCAUCAACAAUAUAGCAAAGCAGUAAUGGAGUUACAAGAAUGGGUUGAUGCAACACACAACACAGUAGAAUUAUGGAGUGAUUCAGAGCUGGAAAGAGUAUCCCUACAAACCAACUUAGACAGACUAAAGAAUUUACAGAAAAGCCUUCCUGAUGAUGAGCCACGAAUUGAACAAAUAAGAAAAUUAGGUGAGUUGGUGAUACCAGGUACUUUAGAAUCUGGACAAGUAAAUAUUAGAUCACAAGUCGAUUCUUCACAGCAAGAAUGGGAAAGUACAAUAUCGUCUGUGCAAAGCGCGAUAGAAUCAUUAGAAAAUAAAUUACAACAAUGGUCUGAUUAUGAGACCACUAAGGAUGAGUGUUUCUCUUGGAUACAAUCAACUGAUACUAAACUUCAUGCAGUUGAUCUGAAGGCAACAUGCGAAGAAAAAAUGAAUCAAUUAGAACAAUUAAAAUCAAUACAAGGUGAAGUGCGAGCUAAAGAGUUGGAAAUCGAUAAUGUCACCGAAAAAGCUCAACAGUUGUAUAAGGGUACGCUUAAUUAUCGAGUUCCUCAAAUUUCUGAAUUAGGACUCAAAUACCAACAACUUUCACAGAAAGUAAAAGAAUUGACAUCUCGUUGGCAGUCAUAUGCAUCUAGUCAUCAAGAUUUUAAUAAUACUAUUCAAGAGUGCAUGCAAUGGUUGAUUGAUAUUAAAGACAAAUUAACAUACUGUUCAGAUCUCAGCGCUUCUUCUCAAAAAGAUUUAGAGUCUAAGCUCUCAACCAUCCAAGAUUUACUUUUAAUUAAGGAUGAAGGCUUUGCCAAAGUGCAGUCUAUUGUAGAAAUGGCACAAGGUGUGCUUGCUAAUACUGCACCAGCAGGUCAUGAGAAAAUUAAUAAAGAUUUAAUAAAACUACAAGAAGAAUGGUCUAUAUUAGCACAAAAAAUGAUUGAAACGAAAGCUAUGUUAGAUGAUUCAAUAAAUAAGUGGUCUGGCUUUUUAGAACAAAUACAAGCUUUGAAGAAAGUUGUAGACUGGAUGAACACCUCUUAUAAUGAAGCUUCUGAAUUCCAAUCUACCUACAGUGAAAAACGUACACAAUUAGAAAAAAUUAAAUCGAUCGAAGAAAAAGUUCGUUGCGAAAAAAUCGAAAUUGAUAAUUUGAAAGAGAAGGCUAAAGAAAUGAUAGAAAGUGGCCAACAGUCUCAAGCAGCAUUCCAAGCUCAAGAAGUACUUAAUAAAUUUGAUGACCUAUCUGUAAAAAUUAAUAAGCUAUUAUCAGAUCGUGAACAGCAAUACAAAGACCAUCGUGUUUAUAAGGAAGCUCAUGAUGACUUUGCUCAAUGGAUGAAUAGAGCCAGAGAAAAAGUACCAUCAUUAAAGCAAAGAUCUCUCAGUGAUAAGUUAGCAAUAGAAAAUGCUUUAACGCCUCUGGAAGCUUUGCUGAAUAAAAAGGCUCAGGGAGAAUUGCUGUUGGAACAUAUGCAACAUACAGGUGAAGUAGUAAUUGCUGCUACAUCAAAAUCAGGACAAGAAACAAUACGCAAUGAAAUACGUGCUUGGAAAGAAAGUUUUGAAACAUUAUUUAAAGAUAUUCAAAAACAAAAGGAUCAACUUGAAGCAACAAUUAUUCAGUGGCGUGAAUACAAAGAAGAGUACGAAAGAAUAUCUGAUUGGUUACAACAACUUGAAAUUUUGAUUAAAAAUAUCAAAUUAAAUCUGGUUGCAACACUUCCGGAAAAACAAAAGCAAGUCAAAGAUAUGAAAGAUAUUUUAAAUAAAUUAGUAAAAGGUCAAGAAGAUAUAGAUACUUUCAAUAAAACUGCUUCAGCUUUAUUGACUUCACAUUUGGAUACUUAUGUCAACAAUCAAUUACGGCAUUUAAAUUCACGAUACCAGGUACAAGUUAAUUUGGCCAAAGAUAUACUAAAGAAAGUUGAAACUAAUUACGAUCAACACAAGGAAUAUGAAACAAACUUGCAAAAGGCACAACAAUGGAUCGAAAAUGCUAGAGACAUUAUUAAAGAUAGUAGCGAAGCUUCAAGCGCUAGCUCAAAAGAUUUACUUCAAUCUCAAUUGAAUAAAAUUCAAGAUUUACUACAACGAAGGGAGGAAGGUCAAAACUUAGUUCAUGCUACUGUAAAUUGUGGCGAAAAAGUAAUUCGUAAUACUAGAUCUGAUGGAAAAGAAGUGAUUCACAAUCAGUUACGCGACUUACAAAAUGAUUGGGAAAGAUUAGUGAAGAAAUUAUCUACCGCAAAAGUUCAUUUGGAAACAAGUCUUUUGCAAUGGGCUGAUUAUAGCUCAAGUUAUUCACAACUACAACAAUGGAUAACAGAAAGAGAAGCUAAACUCCAACAAGUGUGCGAACAAAAGGUAGCUAAGUCUAAAAAAGGACAACCAGCAGGUCUCAGUUCCGGUCUAGGUGAACGCAAAGCAAACUUACGACAAACUAAUAACAUAGUGCAGGAUAUUGUUUCAUUCGAGCCGAUGAUACAAUCAGUAACAUCAAAAGCAUCAGACCUAAUGCAAGGAGCACCGGCAUCUGAAAUAUCAAAUAAAUAUGAAUCUUUGAGUAAACAAGCUAAAGAUCUAUAUGCUAAACAAAAAGAUACAGUAGAAAAGCACCAAGCUUUCAUUGAUGCCGCAAACGAGUUUGUACACUGGCUUCGAGCAUCUAAAGAGAGACUGGGAAAAUGCUCAGAGCCCACUGGCGACAAGGAAUCGUUGUCAAGCAAAUCUAGUCAAUUAAAAGUGUUGAAUAGCGAACUACCGGAAGGUCAAAAGAAAUUAGAAAACGCUUUAGAACAAGGGGAUAUUGCAUGCCAGAUAGCAGAUGAUGAAGACAAGGACAUCAUUGAAGAAGAAGUUGCUUUGCUACAAGAGGAUUAUGACACCUACGUCGAGGCACUUAACAACAUUAAGGGUUUACUAGAAAUAGGUAUUGUUAAGUGGACAGAAUACGAAGAUCAAUAUAAAGAAGCCACUGAUUGGUUGGUGAAGACUGAGGCCCUCGUACAGUCCUUCAAUAAACUGCAGGACAGCUUAGAGGAGAAAAAGAACGUUCUGGAACAGUUCCAAGGACACCUGCAGACGCUAUUUGACUGGCAACGUGAGCUGGAUCGUCUCAAUAUGAGAGCACAAGUUUUGCUCGAAACUUGUGCAGACACAAGGAUUAGCAAUGGUGUGACCCAGCUCACCACUAAGUACAAUGCUCUGCUGUCUCUCGCAAAAGAGAUCAUGAGGCGGCUGGAACUGCAUUACCAGGAGCAUCAGCAACAUAAUACUUUGUAUGGUGAGUGCCAAGACUGGGUGGAAAGAACCCAUGACAAACUUAAUGAAUGUCAAGAAUGCCCUGGAACGCUGCAGGAAGUUAAUAGUAAAUUGAAUUUGGUUAAAAACAUUCGACAGAGUCUAGAACAAGGACAAAAUAAAUUACGCUAUGCUCUAGAGUUGAAAGAACGUGUUAUAAUGAACACAGAACAAAAUGGUGCUGCCAAAAUUCAAGAAGAUACAGAAAACCUUAAACAAGAAUUUGAUAAAUUAUUGGUUGAUGUACAAGACAUGAAACAAAAACUUACAAACAGAGCGGCGCAGCUUGAAGAAAUUCACAAAUUACAUAAACAGCUUACUGAGUGGUUAGAGGAAGUCGAAAACAAAAUUAAUCUUCAAGAAUCGCUUUUAAAUGAUUUGAGUGAGAAAAAGGCUGCUUUAGAAAAAUAUCGUACAUUGCAAAGAGAAUUUAGUAACAAUUCAGAGCUUAUUCUACGAAUUAAAUCUAAAUUGGCAGAUGAUGAUACCUUGGAUUCCAAGGAAUUUACACCAAGUUUGGAUAAAUAUGAAAAAUUACUUCAACAUGUGACGGAAUCUAUUGCUAAAUUGGCUGCUCAAGCUCAAGAACAUGAAAAUUAUAAGAAAGCAUUUAAUGAUGCUUAUGAAUGGAUUCGAAAAGCUCGAUAUGAUAUACAGAGAUGCGCUAGCACUCAUGGAGAAAAACAAGAAAUUUUGGAUAAAAUUCAGAAUUUAGAUUCUAUUCGUUCAACACUACCACAGGGUAAGGAAUGUGUAGAUCAAACAAUAGAAUUGAGUAACUCUGUAAUCAAGAAUACAGGUAGUGAAGGUCAACAUGUUAUCAAUGAAGAAAUAAAACAACUGAAAUCGGAUUGGGAGACUAUUCAAAAUAAUAUUAAAGACUCUAAUAAUAUUUUAAAUGGCACAAUCGAUUCAUGGAAUACAUUCACAAGUUUUGCCAAAAAUUUGAAAUCUUGGUUGCGUGACAUGUCAGAGAGAGCACAAGAAUAUAAUAAUGAAAACAAGAAAACACCAGCAGAUCUUAAACUUGUUAAACAAUUGCUUGGUGAAGUAGUUGAUCAUCAACCUGUUCUGGAAGAAUUAUCAACAUAUUGCGAAGCUUUAAUGGAGCAAAGUGCUUGCACAAGAGUAAGAGAAGAAGCUGUUGCAAUACAAACUGAGUACUCCGAUUUAAUUACAUUAAUUCAAGGUUUGAUGACAAAGGUCGAGAAAAGCUUAUCAGAUCACACAGAAUUUCUUAAGUGUAAAAAGCAUUUGGAAGAAUGGUUGCAUGAUGCACAUUCCAUUAUUCAGAAUUGUUCAACACUCAGUGAUGAAGAUAACACUAAGCAACAAUUGACACAAAUUAAUAAUUUAUCAAUUAGAAUAAGCGAGGGUCAAAAUUUACUUUCUGAAAUGCAAGAUGCAUUCACAAAAGCAAUAGAAAGAACUCCAAUAGAGAAGCAAGAGAACUUGAGAAAUGAUAUGACAAAUGCUCGAGAGAGCUGGGAUAAAUUAUCUAUGGAUUUAGGAUCAGUCACUGCACAACUUAAAGCUGCUAAAACUCGAUGGGAUGAUUUUAAUAUCAAUAAACAACAAAUGGAAAAGUGGUUGUUGGGAAUAGAGAAUACUUUGAAAUCUUCUCCUGAAACUAAGGGAGAACUUAGUGAAAUAAAGACUUUGCUUGAGAAGUACAAGAAUAUCCAAGAUGAAAUUAAUGGCAAAAAGACUGAAAUAGAAAAUCUAAUGAAAGAAUCUCAGCAGUUAAGUGCAUGGGCUAAGAAACCUCAAAUCACAGAGGAGAUACAGAAGUUACAUACUCGUUGGGAAAAAUUAUCAGAUAUUUGCCAAUCUCAUAAGAAUUAUUUAGAUACAGAAAUGAAAGAUUAUAAUGCAUAUCAUCAACUAUUGCAAGAUGUUGAGAAAUGGUUGUUGCAAAUUUCUUUCCAACUAAUGGCACAUAAUUCUCUUUAUAUAACAAAUAGACAACAGACUCAAGAGCAAAUAGAUCAGCAUGAAGUUUUACUAAACGACAUACAAAAAUAUCAAUCUACUUUAGAUGAUUUGCGUACUAAAGGUCAUUCUCAAAUUGACAGAUAUGUCACUUCUGCCCCUGGAAUUAAAUCAACAAUUGAGACUCAAUUGAAAAACGUGCAAGAUAGUUACAACUCGUUACUUAACACCUCAGUGCAGAUAAGAAAUAGAUUGCAAGAAUCACUAAUGAAAUUCCAAGAAUAUGAAGAUACAUUAGCUAGUAUUAGUAAUAAACUGGAUAUUUAUGAACCAAUUGUGACUUCAGAACUGGAUGAGUCUGCUGAUUCAUUAGAAGCUGCUCAAGAGCAACUUGAGAAAGCACGAGACAUUCACAACAAGUUACAAGCAGAAAAGGCCCGUUUAGCAGCUGCAGUGCAGGCAUGCGAAGCAGCUACUGCUUCUAUAAGUAGACCCAGUUCUCCUCUGGAUGUUGCUGCACAUCAAAUUCCUCAGCAGGAACUCAUUGUGAGGACGCGACUCGAAGAUCUUAUUGACCAGCCUAAAAUAGCCAAAGAAUUAGGAGCUGGAAUAUCACCAGAAACUAAGCACGCAAUUUUGCCGCCAAAAACCGAUUCAUCGACACCAUAUGAUAGUUUUCUGCACAAGCUCAAUUUAUUAACAGAGAAGGUGCAGUCACAUCUCAGCAGUAUUACUUCUACUGUUAAUGAAUUGGAAGAAUGGGAAAAGCAACGUAAUGAUUUGCUACAAUGGAUUAAUGCUCAAAAAAUUGUUAUAUCUGAUUGGAUUUCUCGUCCAUCAAAACUUAGACCAGAAGGUGCAAAACAAGAACUAGCAAUGAUGAAUGAUCUUCUAGUCACCAUAGGCGAGAAGAGAAAUUUACUAUUAAAUGAUGUACCGUUAUCUUCUCUUCAGGAAGGCAUGCCUGAUUUGGAGCAGGAAUUAAAUCAAUUAGAAUCAGAUUUAUCUGAUGCAAUAGUGAAAAAACAAACAGACAAAACUCUUAUUGAUGAAUAUAGACAAAAACAACAAGAAAUGCAUACGUGGUUAGAUACCUUAAUUAAGCGUAUGGACAUUCUAGACAAAGGUAGUGGUAUGACAUGCCCCCAGAAGCUUGUAACUAUAUUCGAGAUAAAGAAAGAAUUUGAAAGUGAGGGUCCAUCGCGUCUCCAGAAUAUUAAACAGCUUGCUAAUAAUGUUAUUGAUGUAGUAAGCAAUCUAGAUUCUCAACAAGUUGAGGAACAACUUAAAUCCAUCGAAAGAAGAUAUGGUGAAAUGUCCAAACGUCUAGAGCGAAAAUCACAAGUUUUGGAAAUGGCUAAUAAAGGCAUUGAGGGCGUCAAAGAUGAAAUUGAACAAACACGUUUAUGGGUUGUUCAAAAAGAUCAAGAGUUACAAAAUCCAGCACCAAUAGGAUUUGAUAGUAAAGCUGCAGAAGAUUAUCGACAAACUCUUAAGUCUACAUUAAAAGAUGCGGAAAUUAAAAACGUUUUGCUGGAUUCAAUUGAAAAGAAAAUUUCGAACAUGCAAAAUGAAUUAGAACCUGUUGAGCAAUCACAACUUGAAAGCUCUUUAAGAAAUGUCCAAACUGACCUCAAAAAUUUAAUUAUAAAAUUAAAAUCUGAAGUUGAUGCCGCUAAUACAGCAGUAGAAUCCAGAAAGAAACUGGAGUUCGAUGUUGAGAAUGCUCGUUCAUGGAUAAAAGCAAGGACUUCGGAAGUGCGUAAACUGGGUGGAUAUUUACCACUCAAAGCUAUUGUGAUAGAUAAAGAAAUUCAGCAGAGUAAAGCACACGAACAAGAUAUUAAUAAUUUUAAUGCAACUACUUUAAAUGAUGUAUUUAAAUUAGGCAAUAGUAUCAUUCGAGAAUGUUCAGAGCCAGAUAAAAAGCGUUUGCAAGACUUAUUAAAUACUGUCAGUGAGGAAUAUGACGCAUUAAAACGCGAACAUCAAGCUAGACUUCAUUCAUUGACUGAUUUGUUGCAAAAUCGCAAAAACUUUGAAGCUGAUGUAGAAAAAUGUCAGCAUUGGCUAAAUGAAGCAGAAGUUGCUACAUCCGGUGACAUUAGAACUAGUUCAAUUGAAUUGCUAGAAGAGCAAUUAGCUAAAUAUAGCAAGUUAUUCGACGAAGCUGAUAAUAUGUCCCAUCAACUUGAUGGUAUGACAGAGCAAGGAAAGUCUAUUUUAGGCACAAUAAGUGAUCCUGAUAAAUUAGCUCUGACAGAAUUAUUGAAGAACUUAAAGGACAAACAUGGUAGAUUGUAUGCUAUAAUUAAGGAUCGGGCCAACUUACUGAAAGACAAUAUUAAAGAAAAGCAGGACGUGACUGCUAAAGUCGCUGAAAAUGUAGAAUUUAUGAAUGAAAUUCGUAAAGAGCUUAGUGAAUUGAAUAAACCAAUCGGUAAUAAAAUAGAAGAUGUACAAGGUAUUUUACAUUCAUACGAGAAAAUUUUAUCUGACCUUAAAUCUAAUAAAGCUAAAUUAGGCGACUUAUCGAGUAGUAAAAAUCCUGAGUUGCAAUCAAUUUUACAACAACAAGAUGAUUUGAUUCGGGCAGUUGAAGAUCAAAUAGCCAGAUUGCGUCAGUUACUUUUAUUACGAGAGCAAUACUUAGCUUUAAUCAACGUUAUAACAUUUAUAAUGAAAUAUACAACGGUUAUCACAGAUAUAGAAAAAGGUGGACAUACAGUAGAAGAAAAAAUCAAAAGAUACGACGAUGUUAUUGUGAAAAUUCAAGAAUGUGAGGCUACAUUAUCUUCGGCUACAGAUAAAGGUCGUCAAAUUGCUGAAGAAGGAACUGCGGCAGAUAGAAAUGCUAUUACUGAACAAUUGCAGUCGCUCAAGCAGCAACUCCAAAAUCUUCGUCGCGCUAUGGAGAAGCAACGUCAACAACACGAGGUUGCGGCGGCAGAACACAAAAAAGCUGCAAGCGAAUUGUCUUCCAUUCUUGAUUGGCUUCAUGAAAACGAAGCAACGGUUAGAUCUCGACCUCUUUUGGAAAGAGACGUUGGAAGUGUUGAUCGUGAGAUUAAGGCUCAUAAGGAUUUAGACAAAAAAGUUCGUGAACAUCUAGCAAGUGCUCGUAGAAUCUCAGAUUCAUUGAAACAUGAUGAUGGUAUGCCUGGGUCAUUGAUAGAGAUGCUAUCGGAAGCGCAAUCACUUAUGGACGCGUUGCCCAGAGAGUUAGAUGAAAGAGCAGAAUAUUUAGAGAAGAAUCGCAGAACUCGCGGUGACUAUGUCGAACUCGUAGAAAAACUGAAUGCCUGGGUAGCUGAAGCGAACAUAAGGCUUCGAACUGGCGAAGAUGGAGUCGAUUUCGAAAAUAUUGGUACCGAUCUCGAAGAACAUCGUAUUUUCUUCGGAAACGAAACAAACAUUCGUGAUUUAGUAUCGCAAAAAAUACAGCAGGCUGCUGAUAAAGUUUGGCCUUCACUUGGUUCAGUGGAGCAAGAGGAACUGUCGAGGGAGCAGCAAGAUCAUAGACAGUUGUUGAAAAAUACGUUAAAUUCUGCACGUUCUAAGCAAGCACGUCUGGAACAGGAUGCUGAGACUUGGAAAGAUUAUAAACAGGUGUUGGAAAGAGUGCGCGCUGCUUUGGAGAGGUCGAAAGUGGAUGAAGAGAGUGUGGACACCUUGGCAGGAGUGCAUUACAGUGCAGAGAAAAUUAUUCAUGUGCUAAAUGAUCUACAGCCAUUUUUGGAAGGUCUAUAA